AUGAUGUACUUUGCUUCGUGUCUUCCUGCCUUCACUUGGGAGCAAGAGAAGUGUUACGGUAAAUGGUGGAGAAAUAUUAACCCUAUAUUUGACUGCUUUCUUUCAGAGAUGUGGUACUGGGUUUUCCUCUGGGCUCUCUUCUCCUCUCUCUUUGUCCAUGGUGCUGUGGGAGUAUUAAUGUUUGUGAUGCUGCAGAGGCAUAGGCAGGGGAGGCUGAUCUCUGUCAUUGUGGUCAGCAUUGGAUUUCUGGGUUCUAUAACUGGAGCAAUGAUAACCAGUGCUGCAGUAGCUGGAAUUUACAGAGUAGCAGGAAAGAAUAUGGCUCCCUUAGAAGCUCUUGUUUUUGGUGUUGGACAGACAGUACUGACAUUAAUUAUCUCAUUUUCAAGAAUUCUUGCAACGCUUUGA